CUGCAGCCAGCAGCUUGUGAGCACGCGCUCCGGGCACGGAGUUGCAUGCGCGGCUGCUCGCAGCUCUCGGGGAGCCAGGCGGCGCGCGGGUGAUCCCUCAGCCCACAUCCACCGGGUUACACCAACAGGGGCGCAAACGCCACGCUUGCAUAACGUUUUGGGGUGCGGGACCCGCGACUCUGCGCGUCCGCAUCGACCCUGACCCGCAGGCGCCCAACUACAGUCCCCAAGGUCCCCGGGCGCGGCGGACGCCUGGUGCGGAGGCCGGAGGCCCCUGCGGAGAUAAAGAGAGACCCAGCUGAGCCAAGACUCUGCGUGGAGCGGCGGCGGCUGUCACCGCGAGGGAGGCGGACCCCUAGCGGCUCGACUUUUUUCAGCAGCUCAAUGGCCUCCCCGAAGAAGAGACUUCAAGGUCUUGUGGCUGCAACCAUCACGCCGAUGACUGAGCAAGGUUCUAAGAAAGUGAAUGGCACAACGGGAGAAGGCCUGUCUCUGAGCGUCUCAGAGCGCCGCCAGGUCGCAGAGGAGUGGGUGACAAAAGGGAGGAACAAGUUGGAUCAGGUGGUAAUUCAUGUAGGAGCACUCAGCUUGAAGGAGUCACAAGAACUGGCCAAACAUGCAGCAGAAAUAGGAGCCGAUGGCAUCGCUGUCAUUGCACCUUUCUUUCUCAAGCCAUGGAACAAAGAUGCCCUGAUUAAUUUCCUAAAGGAGGUGGCUGCUGCUGCCCCUGCUCUGCCAUUUUAUUACUAUCACAUUCCUGCCUUGACAGGGGUGAAGAUUCGUGCAGAGGAGCUGUUGGAUGGGAUUCAGAAGAAGAUCCCCACCUUCCAAGGAUUGAAAUUCAGUGACACAGAUCUCCUAGACUUCGGGCAGUGUGUUGAUCAGUAUCGCCAGUGCCAAAUUGCUUUCCUUUUUGGGGUGGAUGAGCAACUGUUGAGUGCUCUGGUGAUGGGAGCAACUGGAGCAGUGGGCAGUACCUAUAACUACCUGGGGAAAAAGACAAACCAGAUGUUGGAGGCUUUUGAACGAAAGGACCUCUCUUCAGCCCUGAACCAUCAGUUUUGUAUUCAGAGAUUUAUCAACUUUGUGGUCAAACUAGGUUUUGGAGUGUCCCAGACCAAAGCCAUCAUGACUCUGGUGUCUGGGAUUCCAAUGGGCCCACCCCGGCUUCCGCUGCAGAAAGCCUCCAGGGAGUUUACUGAUAAUGCAGAAGCUAAACUGAAGAGCCUGGGUUUCCUUUCUUUCCCCGAUUUAAAGGAUGGAAACUUGGAAGCCUGUAGCUAAUGCCUCUCUAUCAAAUCAGGGUGCGUGCAUUGAGAUAUAAUCCACCCUGAAUCGUGCAUUCAUUUCUCAAGGACUUUUUACAUGAGCUUGAACUAAACUCUUUCCUAGCAAAUGAAAUCUCACAGCAAUCAACAAGUAUUUAAUCACUGAACUAUGAUCCUAAAGAAGUUAUGAACCCUAAGUCAUUCACUGUUUCACAAAACUUUAUGGAGAAAUGUCUGCUUAUAUGGAUAUAAUAGAAUCAAGAGGAAAGUUGUCAUUAAUUCUAUCUGCCUUUGGGGGCUCCCAUUAUCUUGAUUUCUGGUUCUUGAUCCUAUUUUAAAGUUUUCUAAUUUUAAACCACUAUAAUGUACUUUAAUUUUAAUAAAUAUUCAUUUGGAAUCUAGGCCUACUCUGAGCUAUUUAGGCAGGUAUGCUAACUUUAAUGCAGAUUACGACAUUCCUCCACUGUGCACAGCCCACUUGGCUGCUCAGUCUAACUCUAAAACACUUGCUUUCAGAUCAGUUGUGAUGUCACAGGUUUCCCCAAACACACUGGGUUAGGUGAAGACUUGCACCUGUUCCUCUAACUGAGGGGCCCAUUGGGGUGGUUUUCAUAUUAACAAAGGAAGGACCUUCCAAAAAGAACUCAAGUCUCCAUUCGUUGCUUUAUGGGAACUUCUUAAAGCUCAAAGUUUCAAAGAACCAAAGAGCGCUGCCGGCAUCACAAACUUCCCCUUUUCUCACUAGAAGGAAGUGUCCUCCCUAUAGCACCUUGAAUCAUUGGAAGUGAAGACCUCUGUCCCUUCUACAGUGAGCCCAGGGGGCUAGUGUUAUUUCACAGUCAAGCUUUAAAGCAGUGACUUUUCUUCAGUAACAGAAGAUUUGGGGAGGACCCAAAGAUCUCACUUUAGCUUUCCCUAUACACCUUCUUUACUCUUUUCUUUCUCUGUAAUUUAUCACUGGCUGUUUAAUCUUCUUUCUAUCAAACCCUGGUGUUUGCUUUCUUUUAACCAUGUAUUGACAGUCAACCCCUAGUGAUUUUAACUUUGACUAUCCAGUCUAUUAAUUGCCUAAGGUUUUGUUUUUCUUUCUUCUUUCAUUAGUCUGCUCAUUGGUAGAGGAGAAGCAUUUGAAAUUCCUAUCAGUCCUACUCUUUUAUUUUUUAUCUUUUAAAACUAUGAAAAAAAUUUUUUGAAAUGAGAAUUUGAAAUUAUCAAAAAUUUUUUUGAAAUGAGAAUUUGAAAUUAUCAGUGGAUUCAAUUAUCUUUGCUAACCGUCUCUUUAAUUAAUCAGCUAAAGAGUCAUUAUAUUUAUGUCUCCUCGCUUCUCUUUUUGCCCAGGAAUGACAUGCACUGUUUUCUUGUAUUUCUUUCUCCUUCGGGAGUAAGGUAUCUGAAAAAGAAAUUGGACUAUAAUGGUUUAUGUGAGCUUAUAUUCUAUCUCAUUGAAACUUAUUUCUGUAUAGCUCGUAAUUUCCUGAAAGAACAAAAGUAAGGUUUUUGUUACAGUCUUUGGUUCUGAGGAUGACAUACCCUUACUUAAUGAUACUAAAGCCAAAUUAAUUUUUCAAUGAAGAUAAAUCUUGAGUAUCCACUAAGCAAAGAACUCUGUUUCUGAUCUUCUAAAAUCAGUGCUUUGAGAAAUUUUAAGAUGGUUAAUGAGGUCUUAUGAACACAAAGAGAAAUAUGAUGAUUAAAAGAAAACGGCCAGGGCUGAGUUGAGCUCUAUAUAUUGUAACAUCCAACUCCUUUGAAAUGAACGAGUAUUAUAUAGCAGUAGUUCAGUAAUAAUGCCUUUAAUUGAAGUAAAAUUUUGGAAUAUUGUGAACUUACUAAUAUCUUUGCAUUUAGUUUUUAAUGUUAAAACUAAAGUGAUACGUAAAAUA